AUGCCUGCAAUGAGGGCUCCGGGGUUAGAGUUUGUGUAUCGUCUUGUCGCCAAGAUGCACCCAACCAAUGGCUACGAUAUUGAGAACAUACAAGGCAUAGGUAUCACGAGGUCAAUCGCGGGUAUUGAGUCUGGUACUAGCAAGUUCAUUCCAAGAAGGUUGGCGCCUCAACUACCUACACGCGUCGCUGCACUGUGUAUUGACAGAAAGGAACAGAUUUACUAUAAGCUAGAUGCGAGGUACACGAUCAAAACAAAUGAUGGUCAUCAUAUCUUUGUGCAGGCUCGUGGACUAUUCCGACCUGGGCCGGGUAUCGAGUUCUCACAGCCAGACUCGAUCGACGUGGAUUACACGCAGGACGAGGUGGAAUACUUUACUCAUAUUACUUUCGAAGCAGCAGGAAAUAGUCCGUAUAAUUGGAUGAAUGGUAUCGUGGCCAUUGGAGCUUUGCAGUCAUACGGAGGGGCUGCUGUCAUAGAUUGCUGGCGGUUGACCAACUUCCUUGGACAGAAGGUUGAGGAUGUUUAUGUAGGCAGAUAA